AUGUCAGAAAGCAUAUCACAAGCACGAACUGAUUCGAAUCAACUGAAUUUGGAUGAUAUGGAAAACCUCCCCGAUGCAACGGCAAAACAAUAUGGUGCCAUUGAACAAGAAGAAGUUGAAGAUGACCCUUUCCCUGAUUUAAAUCCGCAAAACAACACGAGAAAACCACAGCAAUCGCUCAAUGGCGACAUUCAUGCAUGGCGAAAAAGUCAUUCAAUUAAAAAUAAACGAACUCCCGGAGUAUUUAGACAAUUGAGUCAAGCAUGUCGCGAUCGACUCGUCCGAACGCCAACAGUUAUUAUGAUGGUCGGCUUACCUGCACGUGGCAAAACUUUUAUAGCUCGAAAAUUAGCUCGGUAUUUACAUUGGAUUGGAAUACAAACGAAGGUUUUCAAUGUUGGCGAUUAUCGUCGUGAUGCUGUCAAAGGAUAUGCAGGCAAGGAAUUUUUCGAUCCGGAUAAUACUGAAGCAGUCGCUAUUCGAAAUUUAUGUGCUCAAAAUGCCUUAGAAGAUAUGUGCAAUUACCUUCAGAAUGAAGGUGAAGUUGCUAUAUUUGAUGCGACAAAUACGACUCGUGAAAGACGUCGUACAGUAUACAAUCAUUGUGUGGAGGCAUGCUAUUUUCGUGUGUUUUUUGUCGAAUCAAUUUGUGAUUCACAGGAAGUCAUUCAAGCAAAUAUUCGAGAAGUAAAACUCAAAAGUCCUGAUUACAAAGGUGUACUGGAUACAGUGGCCGUCGAAGACUUUUUGUCACGUAUUGAACUCUAUGCAAAACAGUACGAACCGAUCGAUGGUAAAAAUGACGAGAAACAUUAUUCAUUUAUCAAGAUUUUUAAUUGCGGUGAACGAUUUCUGGUUCAUAAGACGCGCGGCAAUAUUCAAAGUCGUGUCAUUUAUUUUCUAAUGAAUAUUCAUGUUCUCCCGAGAACUAUCUAUCUUACCAGGCAUGGUGAAUCGACAAGAAAUGUUCAACAGCGUAUUGGCGGUAAUGCACCAUUAUCAGAAGCUGGAAAAGUGUAUGCAGAAGCUCUCGCUGAAUAUAUCGACAAUGAAAAUAUUUCGGAUCUGAUUGUUUGGACAAGUCAAAGGCAACAAACAAUUGAAACAGCAGCAAAAAUCGAUGCACCCAAAGAGCAAUGGAAAGCUCUUAAUGGAAUCAAUGCUGGUAUUUUCGAAGGUUUGACCUAUCGGGAAGUAGCCGAACGUUACCCUGAAGAGUUCGCUGCUCGUGAUCGAUCAAAAUACUAUUAUCGAUAUCCAGGUGGAGAGUCUUAUCACGAUCUUAUCGCUCGACUCGAACCAGUCAUUAUGGAAUUGGAACGAGCAGAAAAUUUACUUGUUGUAUGUCAUCAAGCUGUUGCUCGUUGUAUUCUUGCUUAUUUUCUCGAUAAAGAUGCAGAACGCCUUCCCUAUAUCAAAGUUCCACUGCAUACAGUAAUUAAAUUGACACCAAUGGCCUAUGGAUGUAUGAUGGAAAGUAUUCCACUUUCUGUUGAAGCCGUAAACACCUAUCGUAGUAAACCAAAAAAUUGUGAUCCCAAUCGUGCAGUUGCUGAGGCAUUAAAUGAAUUUGUCGAAUUACGUAUAGAGCCUAUAACGGGUCCAACGACAACACAGAUCAUUUAUCAGAAUUCUGGUACAGCUAUCGAAACAACUGAUGCAUUUGGAAAUCGAAUACACCGUAUGGAUAGUGUGACUAGCGAUACUAUACUCAAUAAUAGUUUUUCACCGGCUCACGAUAACCUUACCAAACAAACAUCAGAUGUUAAUCCAAGAAAUUAA